CAAGUGUCUCACACGCAAUGCUCUACUUAUCACGAACAAACUGGCCUCUUGGCCCUAUGCUUUUGCAUUCAAGGCUGGGACGGAAAUCGAGAUCCUUUCAUACUCAACCGGGUGGCAUCCCGGACCAGUUUCCGUCAUGCCUGAUCAUCAAACAUAAGCCUGUCGCCAUGAACGAUCUGGACGCGUUGUUCGGAUAUCUACCAUCAGCCCAGUACACAUGGCUGUGCCUCGACAAGGAUUUAUGUGUCGGCUGGUUGGCGUGCGUCUAUCUUCUUGGGCAGCUGUAUCAUCUCCACCCCGGCGGUCGGGGUCGUUUCUUUCGUUUCCUUCGUUCGGUCUCUUUUCCGUUCUUCCGUUCUUCUUUGCCUCUUCGUUUUUAAUCUUAUUCGCUGCGCUCGAUGGCGUCGGCGUUCAAUCUCACUCUGGACGAUUGCUCUCCUUUAAUUUCGUAUGGACCCAGCGGGGCUUGGCGGGACGCGUCCUCCAACGAUACUGCUAGUCUAGGGUAUUUCGGCAAUACUUACCACUCAACCAACACCACCGGUGCUACGGUCACGAUCAAUUUCAACGGCACGGGGAUCGAGAUUUAUGGUGCUCAUCGACCCGAGUAUGGAUCAUAUAGUAUGACGAUGGAUGGGCAGUCUAUGGGUGAAACCAGUGCAGCGAGCAGCGUGGUCCAGGCGCAGCAACUGCUGGGAUCUGCGACAGAGCUAGCGAACGGACCGCACACCGCGGUGAUCACGAGCAACGGUUCGGGGAUGGAUAUCGACUGGGUGAACCUAUUGACUCAGGUUGGCGUUGUUGGCUCAACGAUGACAACGUCACUGGUCGAUGAUGCGGAUCCUCGUGUCAACUAUGCUGGGAAAUGGCAGACGAACAAUCUGAAUACAUACAUGAACAAUACCCUGCACUACAGCUCCACUGCUGGCUCUGCUGCUUCGCUUUCGUUUUCGGGGAAUGCUGUGGCUAUCUAUGGGACUGUUUCACCUGACCACGCCAACAUUCAAGUGUCAAUCGACGGUCAGAGUCAAAUGGUGAACACUCAAGCUUCAUCCAUUUCGGCACUGCACCCGCAGACGUUACUGUACUACUCGAACGGCCUGGAUUCAUCACAGCACACACUGAUCAUCACCAAUCCAGGCCAGCAAUCCGGGACUGGUCCGUUCAUUGAUCUGGAUGCCGUUGCGGUCUAUUCGGCCACAGCUCCGCCGACCGCCAGUGGCGCUGCACCGAAUGCUCUGAAUGACAGUGCAAACCGACAUGGAUCGAAGAUAGGCGCGCUCUCAAGAACGGCUUUCGUUGGCAUACUUGCGGGCAUCCUAUCGCUAGUUCUAUUGGCCAUUGCAGGAGUGUUUCUGUUCUUUUUCUUGCGGCGCAGACGAGCAAGCCAAUACAAAUCUGAGGAUGUCGACCCCACUACACCGACCUGUGCAGAACUGCCUCUGCAGGGACCGAACGCGCGUUUCACGAUGGUCUCUCCUACACAGCCUCUGCCGACAUUCUCGGGGAUUCCUCAACGACAGUCCAGUCAUUCUAUAGCGCCAAGCUACUACGCGUUUGGCAACGAGUCGCGCUCAUCAUUCGCCUCGACGACACCUUUGGCACCCACAUUGGGGAUGCCAAAGCCACCCAAUCGCAAUCAGCCCAACUUGAUGGUCCCCUCUAAUCUAGUGUCGCAGCGUCUGAACCCACCUGCCUUUUAAUUUGUACAUAGGCCAGUCGAGGUUAGGAUCGAGAGCGGUCGUUUUUGCUCUAGUACAUGCCAAUACAACAGUUCACAACAUUCCUGAUUCAGAUGAAAGUUG